GCGAACCAGUGGAUCCGUCGGAUGGAGGCCAUGGACGGGCUGAAGGUGGCCAAGAUGUCGGACGGACAGCUGCUGCGUGUGCUGGAGACCUGCAUCCGGCUGGGGCUGCCGAUGCUGAUCGAGGCUGUGGGCGAGACGCUGGAGGCGGCGCUGGAGCCCGUGUUGCUGCGGCAGACGUACCUGUCGGGUGGAAGGCUGCUGAUAAAGCUGGGUGACUCGGAGGUCGACUACGAGAAGUCGUUCCGGAUGUACAUGACAACCAAGCUGGGCAAUCCACACUACCUACCUGAGGUGUGCAUCAAGGUGACGCUGGUCAACUUCACCGUCACCCAGAGCGGGCUCGAGGACCAGCUACUCGGCGACGUGGUCCGCCUGGAGGAGCCGAAAAUCGAGGAGACGAGGAACAAGCUGAUUGUGCAGAUCAACGCGGACAAGGCGCAGCUGAGAUCGAUCGAAGACAAGAUCCUGUACAUGCUCUUCACGUCCGAGGGCAACAUUCUGGACAAUGAACAGCUGAUUGUCACACUGAACGAGUCCAAGAUAACGUCCCGAGACAUCAGCAUCCGACUGACGGAGGCCGAGUCGACGGAGGUGAAGAUCUCGGCGGCGCGAGAGAAGUACCGGCCUGUGGCGCUGCGGGGCAGCAUCGUCUACUUCGUCAUAGCCCAGCUGGCAGAUGUGGACGCCAUGUACCAGUACUCGCUCAAGUACUUCAACCAGAUAUUCAACUCUCACAUCGAGAGCACGCGCAAGAACCCGGACUUGGAGGAGCACCUGGCUAACCUGAUCGAGAACACCACCACGGCCGCUUACACGGACGUGGCGCGCGGCCUGUUCGAGAAGGACAAGCUCAUCUUCAGCUUCGUGCUCUGCAUAGAUAUCAUGCGUCAGCGGGGCAGUGUGACGGACGCCCAGUGGAACUUCCUGCUGCGUGGCGCGCCUCACCUGGUGGAGGGGCUGGGCGAGCAACCGUCUCCCGUCAAGUGGUACUCGGACGGUGACUGGAAGGGCAUUCUGAGCCUGGAGCUGGCCUUCCCCGACCAGUUCACCCACUUCGCGAAAGCACUCACCGGUGGCCAGAUCGCCGUCGUCAUCGGCAAUGAGACCAUUACGGUGAACCCAGAGGCGGCGGCGGGCUCGUCUCACUGGGACGCGCGGCUCACCAGCAUGGAGAAGCUGCUGGCCGUGCGCAUGGCCCGGCAGGAGCAGCUGGCGCUGGCCGUCACCGAGUUCGUGCGUCAGAAUCUGGGCAGCGUGUUCAUUGAGCGGCCGGCCAUCGACCUGCCCACGCUGUACCCGAACAUCGACCGGUACACACCGCUGAUCUUCGUGCUGAGCCAGGGCACGGACCCGAUGGGCGAGUUCAUGGGGUUCACGCGUGACCGGGAGAUGGAGGACCGGGUGGCGGCCAUCUCGCUGGGCCAGGGCCAGGGCCCAGUGGCCGAGAAGGCCAUCAGCGAUGCCAUCCGUACUGGCGACUGGGUCUUCCUGCAGAACUGUCACCUGUCCGCCUCCUGGAUGCCGUGCCUGGAGGCCAUCAUCAAGGACUUGCCGGAGUCGACGACGCCCGUGCACGAGUCGUUCCGGCUGUUCCUCUCGUCGAUGCCGGCCAAGGCGUUCCCGGUGGAGAUCCUGCAGAACUCGGUCAAAGUUACCAACGAGCCGCCGCGCGGCCUGCGCAACAGCCUGCGCCAGGCGUUCGCCGCCAUCACGCCCGAGUUCUUCGACGACAACGUGCUGGAGAUCAGCUGGCGCCGGAUGGUGUUCGGCCUGUGCUUCUUCCACGCCGUCAUCCAGGAGCGCAAGAAGUACGGCCCGCUCGGCUGGAACAUCGGCUACGAGUUCACCACCAACGACCGCGACUUCGCGCUGGACAACCUGCGCCUCUUCUGCAAGGACGGCGUGAUACCGUGGGAGGCGCUGCAGUACAUCACCGGUGAGAUAACAUACGGCGGCCGGGUGACGGACAACUGGGACCAGCGCUGCCUCACCACCAUCCUCACCGACUUCUUCUCGCCCGCAGCCAUGGAUCCUGAUCAUAAAUACUCCCCGUCCGGCAUCUACUACGCCCCGAGCGAGGGCGGUCACCAAGAGUACAAGCAGUACGUCGACAAUCUGCCCGUGUCCGACUCGCCCGAAAUCUUCGGCAUGCACGUGAACGCGGACGUCGUCAGCAAGGUCCAGGAGACCUACCGCCUGCUGACCACCAUCCUCAGCAUGCAGCCGUGGCUGGCGACCAGCGGCGGCGGCGAGGGCAGCGGCGACCAGUUCGUGUACGACCUGGCCGAGACCAUGGAGGGCAGGAUACCCGUCAAGAUUGACAUGGAGGUCGCCCAUAAGAAGCUAUUUGAGCUGGACGACCGCGGUCGGAUGAACUCGCUGACCACGGUGCUGGUCCAGGAGGUGGACCGCUACAACCGGCUACUGCGCGUCAUCCACAGCACGCUCGCUGACCUGAAGCGCGCCAUCCGCGGCUUGGUGGUCAUGUCCGAGGAGCUGGACCGCGUCUACAGGGCGUUCGUCAACAACCAGGUUCCGGCGUUUUGGGGAAAAGUGGGUUACCUGUCUGUCAAGUCCCUGGGCAGCUGGGUGACUGACCUCAUCAUGCGAGUGGACGCCUUCGCGGACUGGAGUCGGUACGGCCCACCUCCGUCCUUCUGGUUCUCCGGGUUCUUCUUCCCGCAAGGCUUUCUGACGGGAAUUCUGCAGAAUUUCGCCCGCAAGCACAGCCUGCCUAUAGAUCAGCUGCGCUUCCAGUACGAGGUUCAGAAGGUCUGGAGAGAUCAGGCGGACAUCAUGAAGUGGCGCCAGGAGAUGAGCAGUCGCGACUCGGCCGCAGCCAAGGACGACCCAGAGCCGGGGCCGUUCCACCGGCCCACCAGCGGCAAGACGUUCAUCAGCUGGGUGGACGACGAGCUGUCUGUGCCCGAAGAGGGCCUGCUGAUACACGGCCUGUUCAUCGACGCUGGACGCUGGGACAUGGACAAUAUGACCCUCACGGACCCCCUGUUGGGUGAACUGAAGGCCACGCUGCCCGUGCUGCACGUGCUGCCGGCGUUUGAGCACGUGCCGAACCCGACGGACUACUCGUGUCCGACGUACCGCACUCCGGUGCGAGCAGGCGUCCUGUCAACCACCGGGCACUCGACCAACUUCGUGGUGGACAUCCAGCUGCCGUGCGACCAGCCGGAGGAGCACUGGAUCACCCAGGGUACGGCGCUGCUCACCCUGCUGCAGGACUAGCAGCCGCACCCGGCGGCCGGCUGCUGACGCCGCGGCAGCGGGGCGGCCGGCGGCGCUGACACGAGGUGUAGCCGAGGAGCCAGCUGGGCCCGGCCACCGCAGGCAGCCAGUUCGAGCUUUCUCUGCUGGAAGGCAUGUGUAUAAAAUCAAGGCGCGAGGUGCCUUGGAUGGUGGAGUGGAUGGCGCCUAAGGUGUCUACUUCACCCGAAGGUGUGUUGAACAUUUUGUGAUUGUUUGAGCCUAUUGUUGGGUUGAAUUAUGAGAAUCUACCGUGAUUGCUUCCGGGAAGUUACUGUGCUCUGCUCGCUUGACCGGACUGCGCUCCCGCCGUCAUGUACCCAUUCCUGAAAUACAGAAUGGUAUGCAGUCUCCAAUGUUGUUAUAAACGUGUCUG